AUGGCUAAAUCAUCAUCUAAAGCUGCUAAAGCUACCAAGGUUAACUCCGACUCCGACUCCGACUCAGAAUCAGACUCUAAAAAACGUAAAGCUGAUUCCGAAUCCUCUGAAACUGCUUCUCAAUCAUCUACUGAGGAACCAGUUAACAAGAAAGCUAAAACUGGUGAACCAGCUACUUUAUUCGUUGGUAGAUUAUCAUGGAAUAUUGAUGAUGAUUGGUUAAAACGUGAAUUCGAACCAAUCGGAGGAGUUAUCGGAGCUCGUGUUAUCAUGGAAAGAGCCACUGGUAAAUCCAGAGGUUAUGGUUAUGUUGAUUUUGAAGAUAAAUCAUUUGCUGAAAAAGCUUUAAAUGAAUACCAAGGUAGAGAAAUCGAUGGUAGACCAAUCAAUUUAGAUAUGUCAACUAGUAAACCACACCAAUCUAAUCCUAAAGUUGAAAGAGCCAAACAAUAUGGUGAUGUUCCAUCAGCCCCAUCAGAUACUUUAUUCAUUGGUAAUUUAUCAUUCAACGCUCAAAGAGAUAACUUAUUUGAAAUCUUCGGUGAAUAUGGUCAAGUUGUUAGUUGUAGAAUCCCAACUCAUCCAGACACUGAACAACCAAAAGGUUUUGGUUACGUUCAAUAUUCUUCUGUUGAUGAAGCUAAAGCUGCUUUAGAAGCCUUAAACGGUGAAUAUAUCGAAGGUCGUGCAUGCAGAUUGGACUUCUCUACUCCAAAGGAAAGACCAGCUGGUGGUAACCGUGGUGGCUUCGGUGGUAACCGUGGUGGUAGCCGUGGUGGCCGUGGUGGUUUUGGUGGUCGUGAAAGAGGUCCUCCAAGAUCUGGUGCUAACUCUGUUGAAUUUAAAGGUACCAAAAAAACUUUUGAUUAA